UAGGUGCGUAUAUAUGCGACUUAUAUAAAAUCAUAAUAAAUUAGGACGACACUCAAUUUCAUGGCACCGCCUAAUGUAAUAAAUGCAUAUACGGUAUUACUAUAAUAAACGGUACAUAUAUACAUUAUCCUAUCCUUUUACUACAAUACAAGCUUAAAUUUGUCUUAGUUAAUUAGUCGACUUUAAACUAUAUAUAUAAAUACUCUCCUAGCUAUAUCUAUAUUCAAUACUACAAAUUAAACCAUAUAGUAACCAAAAAUAUGAAGUUGACGAUUCUUAUUAACUUGAUGACGUGGCUUGUAAUUGCCAUAGCAGCAGCCUCAGCCCAAUCGGGGAGCAAUCCAGUUCUGGACACCACCGGAAAGCCUCUUCGGCGCGGCGUCAAGUACUACAUCAAGCCGGCCAUUACCGACAACGGCGGCAGAUUUACGCUGGUCAACGGAACCCAGUGGUGCCAGCUGUACGCCGGGCAGGAAAUCGAUUCGAGGGGGAAAGGAUUUCCGGUGACGUUUGAGCCGUUGGGGAAAGGAGAGGAGGUGAUUAGGGAAUCUAGGGAUCUGAAGAUCACAUUCUCUUCAAUCACAAUCUGUAUUAAGUCGACCACGUGGCAGAUGGAAGGGAUGAGAGAUUCCGUUAGCGGGAGGAGACUGAUUGGGACAGGAAGCUCGGGAAAGGCAAGCAAUUACUUUCGGAUUGUGAAACAGAGUGGGUUCGAUGAUGGGAUCUACAAUAUCGGAUGGUGUCCAGCAGAGUUCUGUAAUGUUUGUAGGUUCGAUUGUGGCUUUGUUGGGGCUGUGGUCAAGAAUGGUAAGAGGUUUUUAGCAUUAGAUGGUUUUGUUCUUCCUCUUGUUUUUGAGAGGGCUCUAUCAUCAUCAUCAUCAAUCCUCACCUGAGUACUCAUCAACGUCAACUAACAUAUAGUUCUUUUAAUUUUAUCAGUUCGUAUAUGAUUAUGUAAUUAAUAUUAAUAUUGACUUUUUUGGGAGCAAUUAAUAAGUCAAUAAUUAAUAAAAAUAAAAAUAAUAAUGUGCGUGAAAAGGGACACAGGCCGCUAUAGCCUAUACUGGCUUGUAGGGUCGCGGCCCUCAAAUGAAGUUGGUUUUGCAUACUUUAAGGAACAUGUAAUAAAUUGUUAGAAAUUUACCAAUUAUAUAUUCUUUCAAGCACAAAAUUAAAGUUAAUAAAAAUACAAUCUUUCUAAGCA